GGGUGCGAAGCGCGAAGCGUUGGCGGCCGGUGAAGUUGUCACGAGCGCGAGCGCAAAUGACGCAAGCAGUUUUUCGUCGUCAAAAUUUGCUAUAAAUUUGCGAGGGAAGAUACCAGAAAUUCACCAGCAAGGUUCAAAUUUCAAGUUAUCGACCCGGGAUUUAACAUUCUCUGGGAAAUAGUGACUUUGGACUUCGUAAAAGCAUUGAAGUUGCGUGAGAACCAAUCAAAGAAAGGAAAAGCGAAAAGACCACCGGAAGUAAAAAUGGUAAUACACAUUGUGGUUAAAUUGGUCACACAAAUAUAAAAGCUCUUUGACCUUCAGAUGCUAAAUUGUUUGGCUGCUUUGCCAAAUAGAGCAUAUUUUUUAUGUAAAAAUAUUCAGAGAACAUUUAGUAAAAAUAUUGAAAAAAAAUUAUAUAGGAUGGUCAAAGCCAACGAGAAAAAAGUGAUCAAUUUUGCACCAGGACCGGCUAAACUUCCACAGGAGGUACUUAUACAAGCUCAGAAAGAAAUGCUUAAUUAUGAAAAUACUGGAGUCAGUGUUAUGGAAUUGAGUCAUCGCUCAAAGGAAUAUGGCGCAAUUAAUCAAGAGACCAAUGAUAAUUUAAGAAAAAUUUUGGGUGUGCCAAAUAACUACAAGAUUUUAUUCUGUCAAGGUGGUGGGAAUGGACAAUUUUCAUUUGUACCAAUGAAUCUGAUGAAAGAGGGAGGUUCUGCGGAUUAUUUGGUCACAGGAACAUGGUCAUCAAAAGCUGCUGUUGAGGGUGCAAAACAUGGAAAAGUCAAUUAUGUUUUUCCCAAACCUAAGACAUUUAAUGGAAUUCCGGAUGUGUCAGAGUGGAACUUUGACAAGGAUGCAUCUUAUGUUUAUUAUUGUGAUAAUGAAACAGUACAAGGUGUGGAAUUUAACUUCAUCCCUGAGACAAAUGGUGUUCCAUUAGUUUGCGACAUGUCAUCUAACUUCUUGACUAAACCAGUGGAUGUUUCAAAAUAUGGUUGUAUUUUUGCUGGUGCUCAAAAGAACAUUGGUUGUGCUGGAGUUACUGUUGUUAUCAUUCGAGAAGAUUUACUUGGCAAAAGUUUAUCAUAUUGUCCAACAAGUUUCAAUUAUAAAGUGGUUGCUGAUUCAAAUUCCCUCUACAACACUCCUCCAACAUAUAGUGUUUACAUUAUGGGUCUUGUUUUAAAGUGGAUACUGAAGGAAGGUGGUUUGAAUGAAAUGACGAAAAGAUCUGCAUUGAAAUCCUCCACAUUGUAUAAGAAAAUCAGCGAUUCUAAUGGAUUUUUCAAAUCAAUUGUGGAAAGCAAAGCAUGCUCCAGAGUAAAUGUGGUAAUGAGAUUGCCAACAGAAGAUUUAGAGAAGAAAUUUGUUACUGAAGCGGGCGAACAAGGUUUCAUGCAUGUUAAAGGACACAGGUCAGUCGGUGGUCUAAGAAUAUCACUGUACAAUGCAAUCACAAUCAAUGAAGUGGAACAGUUAUUAGAAUUUAUGACAAACUUCCAAGAACAAAAUCAAUAAGAUGGAUAAUAUGUUUGUGGGAUUAUAACUAGUAAUGUAUAAUGCAUUAUGUAUGUAAUUGCCAAAGAAAUGGGUUUGAAAAUCGUUCAA